AUGCCUCCUGUGCCACCAUUGGCCUUGACGUCGCCGCAUGGCCUUGGGGUGACGACACCGCGGAGCUUGAGCAGCCGUCCGACACGGCCAAGCACAGGAGGCAGCUACCAGCCACCCGUUGGGGCUUUCUCUCGCAGCGCACGGCACAUCGUGACCCCACAGGUGGGGCUCUCUGCUAUGGUCCAAGCCCUGGGAGACCUAAAGGCUCCCUGGGAAGUGACGUCAACGCAGAAGUUCACGCCGAGACGCGAGACGCCUCCCGAUGCUCUUGCCUCCGUGAGGCCUUUCUCGGUGGGCCGCGCCCGGGCGCAGAGGCAGCUACAGACCGCUCUUGCAACGCAGGAUGAGUGGGCAAAGGUUCGACGGCUCGAGCAGGCGCUGGAGAGCCCCUGCGUUCGCUACGAGAGGGCGACCACGCCACGGCUCUCGCAGGUCACCCGGGAGGCCCAGUCAGCCAGGAGGGAGCUCUUCAAGAAGGGCCUUCAGCCCAAACCUGCCGAGCCAGUAAAGCCAACCCCGCCUGCGAAGCCAGAGCCAGAGCCCGUGGCCGUGGCACCGCCGCUGAGCCCCGAGGAAGCGCAGCAGAAGGAGGAGGAAACGGCGGCUCUUCGCAUCCAGAGCCUUUACCGAGGGGGCAAAGAGCGCCAGGCGGUGAAAAAGAUGGUGGAUGAGGAAACCAAGGCAGCAACCAAAAUCCAGAGCGUAUUUCGUGGACAGGCCGCUCGUAAAGAGAAGGAGUCAUAG